AUAUAGGCAGCCUAAGGAGCAAACGUUUCAGUGAUGAUGUCUCUUCUGUCAGGAUUUACCCGUUUUUGAUGACAGCACGGGAUUAGCCUGACUCGGUUGCGACGUAGUCCCUUUUUCAAAUGUCCGAUCGUCACACGAACGUGCUUCUAGUUAAAAUUUUCAUAUAGACAUUAUAAUUUAUAAUCUAUUUAUUAAAAGAUCAUAUAAUAAAUUUCUUAUAGAAAUCAUUAUAUAAUGUUACAAAUUUUAAGAUUUGAGAUAAACGUCGACAGUGGUUGUUAAGCGAUAAAAAUUAUUGUCUCUAUAUCUCUUUGUCUUUCUCUCUCUCUCUUUCUCUCUCUCUCUUUAUCUCUCUCUCUUAAUUUGUGAUUACGAGUACAUUCCUGUGAUAUAGAUAAUAAUACAAGAAAAUUAUCUUAUAAUAACAGAAGAUAAAGUGAUCUCGUUGAAGUGUUAAAGCUGAAAUUAUUGAUCGAAUUAUCGAGAGAAUUUUCGUUUUACAAAUAUGUCGCCUCAAGAAAAACUUGCUACAUCAACCGAUUUAAAUUUAACGGAUCAUGCCUGUGAUACUUUAUCUCGGACUUCAAAUUCUACUGAUAAACAUGCAAAUCGUAAGAAUUCCUCGAAAGAUCUUAAAAAUCAACUUGCCAAUGUGAAGGAUCCGAAGGAUAUGGAUUUCGAUGAUCUUCUACCUUACGUCGGGGAGUUUGGAUUAUAUCAGAAGAUUCUCUUCGUUAUGAUGAUACCCUUUGCCUCGUUCGUUGCUUGGGUAUAUUUCUCUCAAAUCUUUCUUACCCUAGUACCGGAAGGACAUUGGUGUUGGAUACCAGAGUUAGAAAAUCUUACCGCCGAAGAAAGAAUCGCAUUGGCAAUACCACCUGAAGGCGAAGGCUAUUCAAAGUGUAUCAUGUACGAUACUAAUUACACUGAAAUCCUGUCGAAAGGAAUAAAGGUCAGCGAUCCAACGUGGUCAAUAAAAAAGUGUCAGCAUGGUUGGGAAUUUAACUACACGGACAUUCCCUAUUCAACUAUAGCAACCGAGUUUGAAUGGGUUUGUGAUGACAGUGCUUUACCAAAUACAGCCCAGAGCAUCUUCUUCGUUGGUGCCAUUUUUGGUGGAUUGAUAUUUGGAUGGAUCGCCGAUCGAUUUGGACGAGUACCAGCGUUGGUUGGAGCAAAUAUUACUGGCUUUUUAUCAGGUGUUGCCACGAUCUUUGCCGGAAAUUUCUGGGAAUUUGCUGUGUGUCGUUUCUUCUUUGGUUUUGCUUUCGACAAUUGUUUUACAAUGAUGUAUAUAUUAGUCUUGGAAUAUGUCGGACCGAAAUGGCGUACAUUUGUUGCUAACAUGUCGAUAGCGAUUUUCUUUACUUUCGCAUCUUGCAUCUUACCUUGGAUCGCUUAUUUCUUGGCUGACUGGAAACUGACAUGCUUGGCAACGUCCGUUCCCCUAAUUUUAGCUGUAGUAUCACCAUGGUUAAUACCGGAAAGUGCAAGAUGGUUAGUCAGUCAAGGACGAAUAGAUAAAGCCAUAGGGAUCUUGAGAAAGUUCGAACGGAUUAAUGGUACAAAGGUUCCCGAUGAUAUUUACAAACAAUUCCAAGAAACCUGUGCUAAAAUACGUAAAGAAGAGGAAACUGAUAAAUCUUAUUCCGUGUUGGAUCUAUUUAAAAGUCCACGGCUACGUAAGAUAACGAUCUUGUUCAUCGUGAUUUGGAUGGCGAUUUCUCUGGUCUUCGAUGGUCACGUGAGGAAUGUCGACAAUCUUGGUCUAAACGUUUUCAUCACGUUCACCGUUGCUGCAGCAACCGAAUUACCAGCUGAUACUUUCUUGACACUGGUCCUUGACAGAUGGGGUAGAAGAUGGUUAGCCUGCGGUUCAAUGGUGAUAUCUGGAAUCUUCAGUAUCUGGGCUUGUGCUGUUUCAAAUAAUAUUUACUCUGCUACUCUGGCUAUAUGUGGAAGAUUUUGGGUAAACAUUUCCUACAAUAUAGGUUUGCAAUAUGCGGCUGAAGUUCUGCCAACUGUAGUACGUGCUCAAGGAGUCGCUCUAAUUCACAUAAUGGGAUACGUCGCUAGUAUUUUAGCACCCUUUGUAGUUUAUUUGAAUAUCAUCUCUUCGAUCCUUCCAUUAUUACUCUUAGGUAUCUUUGGAAUUAUAGGAGGUCUUUUGACUCUCUUCCUGCCAGAAACAUUAGACAAAGAUCUGCCACAGACUUUAGAAGAUGGUGAGAAUUUUGGUUUGAAUCAAAAAAUGUGGGAUGUACCUUGCUUCUCGAAAAAAUUGCAAGACAAAGAACCUCCGGCACCUGAAAUAUUCCGAUCAUUUGGCAGAACUAGCGCGAGAAUUUCGAUGAGAGCAUCUCUUCGUGGUGAAGUGAUGCGAAGUAAUCUAAUUCAUAGAUCUAGCAUGAAAUCACAAAAGAAUACAAGUCCAACAGUGGAAAUGGCAAAAUUAUAGCGUACAAAGUCAAUGUCUUUCGUUUGACUUCUGAAAAUUGUGAUAUCAAAAAUUAUUGAAGUCGUUUUAAAGCUUCGAUAAUACUGGCCAAAAAACGAAUCAAGUGAUACGAUAUGAUAUUCGUGAAAAAAUGACGAGUAUAAAAAUAAAGGUUUUUAGACAAAAAAAAA